AUGUCACCUCCGUAUGAGUCGUCCCGCCGGCGCGGGGUGUGGAACCACUGGGUGCCGCUGCUCGUGACCGUGACGGUCGCGACGGUCGGCGUUGCCGCAUGGGUAUGGAGCCAGCGCAAGGACGACGACCACGAGGAGGCCGAGGACUCGGGGGGCCUCCCAGACCUCGACUAUGAGAACGCCGACUAUGGCGACAAUCCCGCUUACGGCGCAAGCAAAGACGGCGCCGGCGCAGGCCCUUCCGCCGUCAGCGGUGGGCAGCCUCGCUCGGGCGACGCUGGCUACGGCACGGCACCGCCGGCGGUGGAAUCGGCAAGCUCUGGGUGGGCGGCGUUACGCCGCACCCCUAGCCCCCAGCAAUUCUUCGACAGCGCGAAGCGGACUGUUGCGGCCGGAGUGACGGCGGUGGGGAGCGCCCUGGCGGCUAUCACGGAAGAGGACAAGACGGCGUAUGCCGACCACGAGACAUGGUCCGAGGAGGCGGAUGCCAAGAAGGACAGGGCUGUCGCCGGGCCAUCCCAAAGUAAAGAUACGAACAAGCGCCGGAAGAAGGUGGCCAUCGUCGUCUCGGCAGACCACCGCCUCGACGAUCUGGAUGCCGAUGGAUAUAUCCACGAGCAUGCUUCCAUACUCUCCCACAUCCCGCGCCAGGUCGACUUCUCCAAGAUCAAGCUCUACGUGCUGAUCUACGCCCCCAACCUCAAAGAUACUGGGAUGGAUGCGGCUAGCAAUCGCCCCCCGCAGUCGCUCAGCUCGUCCUUUUCCAACAUUGAUCCUGCGCAGGCUCAACCCGCAGAGGAAGCGAAGAGUCCUCUAAUUGGGGCAUCCUCCUCAGACGCGGUCUACAACGCCAUCUACUCGCAGGCGCAGGCGCUCGUCGAGAAGGACAGCAUGAUCCUCACUUUCACGACGCCCAGCGGCCAUGCACACAUCCUGCGCCACAUCCAGCCCGAGAUCAUCUACUUGCAGGAGUCGCUCUCGGGUGAGAACGGCAGCGUGGUCACCAAUUUGCAGACCUGGCUGAAGCACGAUGUGAUCUUGGUCGUGGGCGCCGAGAGCGGCCAUGGCGGCCUCGCGGACAGCGAGUCGGAGGCCGAGAAGCCCGAGAAGGAGAAGGAGUUGUGGUGGCAUAGAGAGGACCGCGUCGGCAGGGGCCGCGGCGUCGUGGUAGUGGAUGGUUCGAGGGUUCAAGACGACUGGUAUGUCCGAUUAAAUUUAUACCCUACCCACGUGCGGCUGUCUUGGGAGCCAUCAUGUGGCACUAAGAAGCUGAAUUCCCUUUCGAAGUCGCCCGGGAGAGUCACGGAAUGA